AGGACGAGGAGGAAGAGCCAGUGCUCGUAGGCAAGGGUCGUGGUCGUGGACAUUGCAAGGGUAAGAAGACUGCCCGCAAGGCCCCCAAGAAGGACUGGAGCCUUGACGCUGCUAUAGAGGAGGACGUUCUCGAGUGGCUGAAGGGCAACUCCUACCUCUGGAUGCGCAGCAAGAAGGGCUACAAGCAGAAGAGGGCUGCUUGGGAGAUGAAGGCCCAAGAGCUGGGGAUCAAUGUGGAGCACCUAGAGCAGUGGUGGAAAGGAAUAAAGGACUGGUAUGUGAAGCUCUCCAAGAAGACCAGUGGCCAGGCGACCAAGAUGCUCACAGAGAGGGAGACCUGGGUCCGGCAGCACUGUGGCUUCUACAAAGGUUCCAUCCCCAGUGACACCGGAGAUCCCCUCAUCACUCUGGCCCGGGUUCCUACUGCCUCUGCCGCUGCCACGUCCACGGUCUCGCGUCCACCCCCCUCAGUGGACUCUGACGUUGACAGCCAAGCUCACGUCCUCGAGGACAUCGAGUCCGCAGCUGUUGACCAGGACUUUACACCUCAGCCCACGUCCACGUCCAGCCGCAGCCGCAAGCGUGACAAGAAGUGGAGGGAGGAAGAGUGCCAGGAUGAGGAAGACACCUGGAUGCGAGACCUCCGCGCCACGAUGCAGGCCAACCAAGCCCUCCUGGAGAAGCUUGUGGAGGAGAGGCCCCAGUCUGACCGUGAGCCCUUCGUACGGUUUGUUGCUGACACCCUGCGUACAGCUCCCCAGGACCAGUACGGAGAUGAAGGAGCUGAUCUUUGACAUAGUGCGCCAGGGCCGGCGCCGCCAGCCUGGUGACAGUGAACAGCCAUCCGCGUCAUGGGCCAGACCAGCUCACGCCGUGUCAGCACCCCCAACCU